AAUGCUAACUCACCAACUGGUAUCUAUCGCUGUGAUAUUCCAACUGUUGCUGUCCAUGAUGAUACUGACAUCUCAGUGAGAGACACAGUCUAUGUGGGACUGUAUACUGCCAGUGGAGGAGACAUCUCGAUAUCUGGAGGAGUGACAUUUGACCCUAGCCAGCUGACCCUCACCUGUAUCUCCACUGGUGGACCUGCUACCACUGUCACUUGGACCAGAGACAAUGUCAUAUCACUGGAGAGCAAAACGAGACUGUGUUGAAUGACCCAGUGACUGCACAGUACACCCACACUCUGACUGUGACUACUGCAGGAGAGUACACGUGUACUGUGGCUAAUAACAAGCCAUCUUCUGCUUCAGCUAGCACCACUGUAGCAGGUCCCCCACCUCCCACUGAUGUGACAGCAGUCCAGGAUGGUCCCACUAGUAUCACAGUGACCUGGACUCCUCCCUCUCCUCUGGAUGGUAUCACUGGCUACACCAUCUUCUACACUGGAGGAGGGAGCAACGAUGAGACAACUGUCAGUGGUGGAAACACUAUGAGUCACACUCUGACUGGUCUCACCAAUGGAGAGAACUACACCAUAUCGAUUGUAGCUACAACCAAUGGGCUGUCUAGUCCACCUGUACAGGCCACUGUUGGUUUAGUUCCAUCAGCUCCAGUCCUCGAUUCAACUCCAACAGUCACUACCACUACCAUCGCUAUAUCUGGUAGUGUUCCCAGUGGCUCAGUGGUGACUGGCUAUGUGGUCCAGUGGCAGAGAGACACCUCACUUGUCUGUCCUGAUCUGAGUGAUGAUGGUAGUAUCACUGAGACUAGCAGUAGUUUCACUGGACAUACAAUAACUGGACUGGAGCCAGGCAAUAGGUACACCAUCACUGUGACAGUCUCUAAUGGAGCUGGUAGUGGUCCUGUCAGUAAUGCUGUUGCUGCAAUGACUACUGCGACUGCUCCCAGUGGUGCUCCUGGUCCAAUCACUCUAGUUACAGUCACACCAAACAGUGCCACUGUCCAGUGGGGAGAGGUGCCUUGUCCCCAGAGAAAUGGAGAGAUCACAGACUACACAGUUACUGCAACCAACUCGGGUGGAAUGGAGGAAGGAACUGCUAGUGUUGAUGUAGAUGCUAGACAAGCCACAAUCUCUGGACUGACUCCAUCCACACAGUAUACUGUGUCAGUGGCUGCAGUCAAUAGUGCUGGUACUGGACCUCCACUACCCUCCCUGUAGAGACUCCAGAUGGACUCGCUGUAUCAGCCACUCCUUCAUCCUCUACCUCCCUCACCAUCUCAUGGACACUGGAGGACAGUUUGACUGCUACCUCCUACACCAUCUCCUACUCCAACACCAACACUGACUGUUUCACUGACUCCAGAAGUGAUAUCUCUGCUAGUGGGACAUCACACACUCUGACUGGUCUAGAGGAGGGAACUGAGUAUUCUAUCACUGUCACUGCCACUCUGACUGGGAAUGGAGGGACUCAAGAAGGCAGCACCACAGCCACCACACUGACUGCUGGU